AUGCCUAGAGAAUUAGGGUGUGGCGAGGUAUACGGGAUGGGGGACAUGCCAACCGUCAGACAGCCAGAUGGGAUCCGGGUGGGAGCGCUAAGUCCGUUAAUAAGCGGAAUGGCAAUCAGGGUUGGUGGCCGUGGAAUUAUGCCCACUGGCAAAAGGACGGAUGCAGGGCAACUUCAGAUUAAGCCAUGCAGGAGCUCAUACAGCCCCCCAUUUGUCGAGCAAUUAUCUCAGCAGGAACUAGAGUUACCUUCGUUAGGCCGGGCCGAACGGGGGAUAUUCACCCCCCUCGAGUCGGGUCAGAUGUACCAAAACAAAAGGAUCAGGAUCCUUCCAUUUGCUUCCCGAUCGGUCGAUAGGGCAGCUUGA